CCAGUUUCGCAUCUACCAUUUGAAUACUCGGUGUGGAAGAGGCUCGUGAAGUUGCUCCACGUACACCGGAGCAUUACGCGGACCAUCUCCCGACGAGUUGCCCGAUUCUCAGCGGUUCGGUACACCUGCCCAAACACCGGUCUCUAUACUAUCUGUAAGUGGUAUUGACAUUAGUGAUAUUACCCGUCACACAGGCUCUCCCCGCAGGGCUCACUCCCCAAGAAGCUGGACUCACAACACACUGGACAGCGUAUACUUUGAGGAUGUCUGCGGCCCUGCCAGACGAUCUGGCAAUGUCCCUGAUUUUCAUCCCCGAAAGCGGAAGGACAUACGCGGUAAUAUAUGGAUGCAACAACAAGCAGAUGAGGACCAUUGAAACAAGGAUACGUGCCGCAGAAGACACAACCGAUCACCACCUUCUCCUGCCGGGGGUAUUUGCAGAGCUCGAGCGCGAGAGGCUAUUGGGCCUGGUAGAAGACUUGGUGGAUAGGUUCACGUUGGCAUCUGACAUAUUCAAGAAUAGCAGAUGGGACCAAGACGGCAAAAAGAUGCAGGACUAUCUCUCCAUCUGCCUGCAAUGCCGCAGCUUGAUGCACCACAUCCAUGCCGUCAAGCGGCAGCUCCGUGCAUUCAUCGACGAGGUCGACACGCUACAAAGGGAAUGGGAGCUUACCCCCCCAGCCUGCCAUAGAGACACGGACAAGCGACAGAGAGUUUUAGCCACGGGACAACGGAUCAAGCGGAGAUUGCAGGAUAUAGUGGACGAGUACGAUGACAAGAUCGACCAGUGCGAGACCAUGACCCAGGAUCUGUCACUCGCUAUGCAAACGGGCUGGAACCAAACUGCGAGAGAGGACUCAGCUACAAACACCAAAAUGGCCAAAGUCAACGCCUUCAUUGCCUUCGAGACCAAGCGUGAGAGCUCCCAGAUGAGAUCCAUCGCUCUGCUGGGCAUGAUCUACCUCCCCGUCUCGUGUGUGGCCUCUAUCUUCUCAACCUCGCUCUUUGAUUUCCAUCCUGGCUCCGGCGAUACCGUCAUUUCACCCUACAUUUGGAUCCUCGUUGUCCUCUCAGUUGCAUUGACGGCUGUCACGGUCUUGAUCUGGCAUUUCGCUACAAAUCGCGAUCACAGGAAGGACACUAAGCGGACAGGGAGUUUUGGAAUCAACUUUGACGACCAUAUGGUGUGAGCUCCGAUGUGCUUCCCUUGGUUGCCGAGUGAGGUGAUACCUUCUGAGCGGAGAACCUAGUGAUGGGAUAAGUGUUACUGUAAGAUUCACAAGUUCCAGUUCUGGAACUCUAGACAAGGUCAAGUGUCUGGUACCUGGUAUUCAAGGUUAGGAACUUAUUGUUGAGGCCCGGACAAUACUAGUAGCAGUGCCUUACAUGCGAUCUGUGAACCUGUCCUACCAUGCAUCAUCAAAGUAAAUC